CUCCGGUCCCGCUGCGAGCGGCACAACCUCCCCCGCGCCGCCGCUGCCGCUCCGUGCCGGGCUGCGAGGGCCGAGGCGGAGGCAUGCCCAGGCGGAGCAUCGCGGAGGUGAAGGUGCUGGACGUGCAGAAGCGCCGCGUCCCCAACAAGCACUAUGUGUACAUUAUCAAAGUCACCUGGUCCCAUGGCUCCACAGAAGUCAUAUACCGGCGGUACAGCAAGUUCUUUGACCUGCAGAUGCAAAUGCUGGACAAGUUUCCGAUGGAAGGAGGGCAGAAGGAUCCCAAGCAAAGGAUCAUCCCCUUUCUGCCAGGGAAGAUCCUCUUCCGCCGGAGUCACAUCCGCGACGUCGCGGUCAAGCGCCUGAUCCCUAUUGAUGAAUACUGCAAGGCUCUGAUCCAGCUGCCUCCCUACAUCUCCCAGUGCGAGGAGGUUCUCCAGUUCUUCGAGACACGACCUGAUGACUUGACGCCUCCCAAAGAGGAGCCCAUUGGAAAGAAGAAGUCUGGGUUUAUCCAGAGAACGGCCUCUUUCCUGCAGAGAGGAGCUGACUCUGCGUCGGUCGACCCCUUGGUGCUGGAGCAGUAUGUCGUGGUGGCAGACUACCAGAAGCAGGAGAGCUCCGAGAUCAGCUUGUGCGUGGGCCAGUUGGUGGAUAUCAUUGAGAAGAACGAAUCAGGCUGGUGGUUUGUGAGCACGUUGGAGGAGCAAGGCUGGGUGCCGGCCACCUGCCUGGAGGCCCAGGAUGGUGUCCAGGAUGAGUUCUCAAUGCAACCUGAUGAAGAGGAGAAGUACACUGUUAUUUACCCAUACACUGCAAGGGACCAGGAUGAGAUGAACCUGGACAAAGGGGCUGUGGUGGAGGUGAUCCAGAAGAACCUGGAGGGCUGGUGGAAAAUCAGGUACCAAGGCCAAGAAGGCUGGGCCCCUGCCUCCUACCUCAGGAAAGGGAAUGGCGAGAUGUUCUCCCAGAAGCUGGGGUCAGGCUCCUCCGCUCAUUCCUGCGCCUUGGAUCUGGAUGGCAUCUCCCGGCAGCAGGUCGCAGCGAGCCGGGAGAAGGAUGGGCUCGCUGGGCAAAGGGAUGGGAGGCUGGACAGCCGGCCCCUGCCCGGUGCUGACAUCCGACGCAAGUCACCAAAGAUGAGGCAGAGACCCCCUCCUCGCCGAGAUCUCACCAUACCACGUGGUUUGAACCUGCCCAAACCUCCUGUCCCUCCUCAAGUGGAAGAGGAAUAUUACACCAUCGCUGACUUCCAGACCACCAUCCCUGAUGGCAUCAGCUUCCAGGCAGGAAUGAAAGUGGAGGUUAUUGAGAAGAACCUGAGCGGCUGGUGGUACAUUCAGAUUGAGGAGAAGGAAGGCUGGGCCCCUGCCACCUUCAUCGAUAAGUACAAGAAAACCAGCAACGCCUCCAGGCCAAACUUCCUGGCCCCGCUCCCCAACGAGCUGGCCCAGCUCCGGCUCGGCGAUGCCACGGCCAACGGCAGCGCCGGUGAGGAGGCCACGGGACCGUGCCGACCUCUGCCAGAGGCUCCCCCGAACGGCACAGACUGUGCUGGGAAGUGGGCCAGAGACUGGAAGGGGAAGGAGGCUCCCGAGAGCGGGGACGUGGCCUUCGCUGGUGGGUACGAGGAGAUCUCGGAGCGCGACGUGGAGGAGAAGCCCAGCCUGCCGCCCAGGAAGGAGUCCAUCAUUAAGUCAGAGGGCGAGUUGCUUGAGAGGCAGAGGCCUCCCCCCAAGCCCCCAGGUGUGAUUUUGCCCAUGAUCCCACCCAAGCAGUCAGCAGUGCCAAAGGACAGCAAGAAGCCCGAGCUGAAACCGGAGAAGGGCAAACUCUUCCAGCUGAAAAACGAAAUGGGACUGGAAUGUGGACACAAGGUGUCAGCCAAGGAGGUGAAGAAGCCAAACCUCCGGCCCAUUGUUAAGCCAACCAAGCCAAAAGCUGAGCCCGUGGAGGACAAGCCUGAGCCCAUCACCCAGAAUCCAUUCUUGAAGUCAAGACCUCAGAUCAAGCCAAAACCUGCUGCAGGCCCCCGGACUGACCCACCUGCAGCUGAUGAUAAACUGGACAUUUGCAGCCUGCGGAGCAAGCUUAGACCUGCAAAGUGCCCAGAGAAACCCUCUGAGCAGGAUGUUGCUGCCAGUGAAAGCUCCUUCAGUAAUGCCACAGUCUCUUUGGAGGCUUCUGGAAGGUUUCAGGAGCGACCAAGCAUGGAGAGCAAACCGCCACCCAAACUGGACAGCCAUGCCACAAGGGAGCCACUGCCCAAAUCUCCCCUGGGUCCAGCAAACAUCCCAGGUGCCAGGGACCCCCCGCCACAGCGCCCUGUCGUGCCACCUCGCAGACCACCGCCCCCCAAGAAAACAGGGGGUCCUGCCUCUGGCCCCGCAGCCGAGCUCAGGGCCCCGGCACGGGAAACACCAGAGGUCAGGUCAUCCCCAGUGCCAGGGAGGCCCAUGCUGGUUCCUCCGAAAGCCAAGCCCUUCCUCUCUGCCUCUAUCCAAGAUGAAGCCAAAGUGAAAAGCAGCAUAAGCCCAAAGGUCAUAUCCAAGCCAGUGGAGAGAGGAGAAGGCAAGGAGAGGACCCCAGCCCCCGUCUGCAGCCCGGACGUCUCCAGGGAAGCUCUCUACGUGGCAGUGGCGGAUUUUGAAGGUGACGAGGAGACCAACAGCUUUAAAGAAGGGACUUUGUUUGAAGUUCGUGAGAAGAACAGCACCGGCUGGUGGUUUUGCAAGGUCCUGACUGGGGGUCCGUGCUGGGAGGGCUGGAUCCCUUCCAAUUACCUACGCAAGAAGCCAUAGCUGCUCCUCUGCUUGUACAGCUGGAGCUUCCCUGGGCUCUCACCUGAGUAUUUAAUUAGCAGAUUAAUUUAUAGUUUUCCAGGAGGCUGGCUUUGAAAACAGAGAGGAGAAUUGAGAUCCCACACAUCCCAGCUGCUCCCAUCGGCAGCAGCGUGCAGGAAGCAGCCUGGCCUCAGCUCCCUUCCCCACUCGCCCUCCUGCCCACAGCCCCCUGCACUGUUCUGGCCGAGCUUCAUGGCAUACCGUGGUUCUCCAUGCUGGGGAGAUGGACCUUGAGAGACAUUUUUGCCCCCUGCAUGAGAAUUCAAAAGAAACAUGGCCGUAGCCAGGGAGAGAAGGGAAGUGUGACAUGGUACCAGCGAAGGAAAUCUGGAUUUGCCUUUGUCUGAGGCUCAGGGUCAGGGUCAAAUGUUGUAGUCCAGGUGUGUAGCAGAGCCUCAGGGAACGUGGCAAGAAGGAGGAGUGAUUGCUGGAGAAGGAGGUCCCUGUGGCUCUGCGAGCACUGUGGGCACAGGCGCUGCAUUCCAGCACGGGGCUGUGCCUCGCUCCUCCCCGUGAUGCCACGGCACCAUCCCUUGGUUCUUCUAUGACAAGUGUUAACUUCAACAUCCUCUAUAGCAAAACACACACACACACACACACAUAGGUAACAAGUCCUCUCUGUGCUGAUCCAGGACACUAUGCAGGCUUUUCCCUUGCAGUAUUGCAACCAAACAGGGGUUAGGCUUCAGUAGCUGAGGAAUACUAUGCAAGGCACAGAGGAUCAAAACGACCCCAAAAGCCUUGGAAAGAGGAUGCUUUGCUUUCCUUCCCACACAGACUGCCCUGCCUGUUGGACUAUACGGGACCACCCGUUCCUGUGACCCACAGAGCUUCCCUGGGCUGAUGGGCAGCAGCCUGGAGCUGGGUCUUUCCAUAGGUGCUGAUAUUAUCAAGUGCAAUCCAGAACGUGGGAGUUCAGCUCCUCAUCACGACCAGUUGUGAGGUGUGUCUGGUGCUCAGGGGCUCCCUACCUUGUUUGUCCCCCAUCUGUCUUCCAGGUACAUUCAUUUCAUCCUGUGUGCUGGGCUCUUUUAGUGGGGGCUUCAGGACAAACACAGCCUGGCAUUCCUGCCUGCCAAGCCUAAUCUUACCCUCAACAUUGCUUAUCCCAGCAGGGGAUCAGCUGUUGUUACCCAGUGCUGCUUUCUUCUGCUCUGUACGUGGCUACUAGCAGAUGGAGGGCCAUAUUUCUCUCUCAGGAAGAGCUUUACAGCCAGCACUUCUGUGGGUUUUCUGUUGACCAAGCCCCUUUGCCCUUUCUCAUCUAAUUGCAAGUCUAAAAGUUCUGCAGCUCUGCACCCACGUUGUUUUGCUGCUAGAAACAAUUGCGGUUUUCCCUCUAAUUUGAGGCUGGCAGAAUUGAAGGGGUGUUCUCUGCUCCCCCAAAUGCUCACUUCCCUCUCUGUCCCAUAUUUUCUACCCUGUAAAUGUGGAGUUGAAGAUACCUCUGUCUGUGUGCAGAAUGAAAAUGGUGGUGCCUCAGGCCAGGGUCAUUCUUGGAAGGUGACAGGGCAGUUUGUCCCAUCCCUGAUCUGUUAGUGAAGCCCUGACCAUCCCAGUUUGGCCUCGCAUGCAGAAGGUUCCUUUUUAGCCACUGGGAAUUCAAGCACCCUGGUCUCCAACUGAUUCCUCUCCCUCUCACCUGUGGUUUUCUCUGGUGGCAGAUCAGCCUCUGAUCAGGCUGACUCACCUGAGCUGGCAAUAAGCAAUACACUCACAACCCAAGCCAAUAACAGGGUUCCUUGUGUGGCAGGUUGUGAGGUGGUGAUGUGCUGCCAGGAGAGCUGCAGGGUGGGUUGGGCAAACAAUGCUGCUUUGUCUCUUGCUCCAGUCAGUCUCUUUUGCUUUGGAAAGGAACAAGGAUGGGAUGAAUUAAGCCAGAGCUGCCCAGCAGCCAAAUGCAGCCCCCACUGUAGCUGGGGAGGGGGCUGGACUUCUGUCCCCUGUCUGCUCUGGCAGUGUCACACAGGGUGGAAGGGCUGCAUGUCCUUUCCCUGUGGCACUGUGUCCUUACUCUCUCUUUGUGAAUGGCCUUUGAAUCUCAGAAGCGUCUCUCUUUUCUCUGUCUCGGAGACCUCACUGCCCCCGGCUUUCCUCAGAGGGGACAAUGCUAUUUCUGUGGCCUCUGUACUAAAUGAGGGCUAUUUCUGCUUUCCUCCCAGCCUGAACCUCAGAACUGGUAGUGCUUCAUUUUGCUGACACAAGUACUGUAUUUGGCUCACUGAGCAUGUGACAGGAUCGCUCCUUUGUUCCCAAAGGGGAAGGCAGGGUGAGUGCCUGGGGGAAUUGGGGGUCACCUUACCCCUUUCUACUACUCUUCUGUCUGCCAAGGGACCACAAGUGGGACCAGAGUUCCUGUUGGGAAGAUGCCCCCAAGCCCUGGCAGGAUGUGUGCCCCCAGCUCUGCUGCCACACGUGCCCUCUGCCAGGCUGUGCCUCCUCUCUGUACCUCACGCAUCGAACGUGGCUGAGCUCCCUGACUACCUCGUAAGGAGGAGGAGGGUGACUGGAGGCUUUGUACCCUGAGCUGGGCUGCAGGGCACAUCACCCCAUUAGCCAAAGCUCAGCCUCCCUCCUCUGGGGCUUGUGAGGGGGGGAAAUCACCAUGGUGUGGGGUAGGAGGUGGGUGUAGGAGCAGCCCGGCUCCCUCUCACAGCUCCCCAGGCCCGUGUGUCUGUCCAUGUCUCGCUGGAUCAUGUAAGUGUGUAUUAAAUCUCCAUUGCUGUGGGUGGGUGGGGGGUCAGCAGAAGGUAGAUGUAGCUGUGUAAAUGCCAUAUCUAUGCUUUCACCAGUAGGGGAUUGUGUCUUGGUUUGGUUUUUUUUAUUCAGUGGGGUGUUUUUUUGGUGGUUUGGUUUGGGUUUGGGGUUGUUUUUUUAAGAAAUAAAAAGAAAAC